AUGCCCAAGGCGACGACUCCCAAGGCCUCGCAGGGUCGGCGCCACAAUCCCCUCGCGGAUGACCUGCUCGCGACCGGCAUUCUCAAGAACAAGGCACCCAAGCGCCAGGGCAAGGGUGGCGAUGAGGACGCCGAAGCCUUCAUUGAUGCAAAGGCGUCCAAGCAAAUCUUGAAGCUGGGCCGAGAAUUGGCAGAUGAGCAUGAUGCCGCACCGCCACGGCCACCUACGGAAUCCAACGCCUUUGGCUUCGAGUCUCGGUUCGAAGAAGACGAGGAGGUUGGACCUUUCGACAACGACGACGAGGCCUGGGGAGACGACGACGAAAUCGUGGAGGAGGUCGAGAUCGAGCCCGAAGACCUCGAGACUUACAACAAGUUUCUCGGCGCCGACGAAGACCCGUUAUCAGCACACGAAUUCUUUGGCGGUCAGGCGCAAGAGACCUUUGCCGCAGGCGGCUCGCGAAACUUGGCGGAUAUCAUAUUGAGCAAGAUCGCUGCUCAUGAGGCAGGCCAAGGCAGUGGGCAAGGAGCUGGUCCCGUAGACGACGACGAUGACUAUGAGCUGCCCCCCAAGGUUGUGGAAGUAUAUACCAAGAUUGGUAUGAUCAUGUCGCGCUACAAGUCAGGAAAGCUGCCAAAGCCUCUGAAGAUCCUUCCCACAAUUCCUCACUGGGAAGAUAUUCUCAUGCUUACAAAGCCGGAGGACUGGACGGCAAAUGCGGUAUACGAAGCUACUCGCAUUUUCGUAUCGGGAAAGCCCAUCGUUGCUCAACGUUUUGUGGAGAUGGUCCUGCUUGACAAGGUCCGGGAAGAUGUCUAUGAAAACAAGAAGCUGAACGUGCAUUUGUUUGCAGCACUGAAGAAGUCGCUCUACAAGCCAGCGGCUUUCUUCAAGGGUUUCCUUUUCCCCCUCGUGUCGAGCGGCACUUGCACACUGCUCGAGGCUAGAAUUGUUUCCGCUGUGCUGGUGAGAGUCCACAUCCCUGUCCUUCAUUCUGCUGCUGCAAUCAAGGGACUUUGCGACAUCGCGGCGGAAGAAGCUUCUGCAGGAACAGAGGGUGGUGGUGCCACCAACAUCUUUAUCAAGGCUCUACUCGAGAAGAGAUACGCUUUGCCUUUCCAAGUCAUUGAUGGCCUUGUGUUCCACUUUCUGCGAAUGAGGAGCAUGGAUCCUGCAGCAAUGCAAAAGGGCGACGCUAUGGAUGUCGGCGAGGAGCGUGCCGCUACCCAAGCCAAGCUGCCAGUCAUCUACCACCAGUGCCUCCUCAUGUUCGCCGAACGUUACAGAAACGAUAUUACGGAAGAUCAGCGAGAGGCUCUUCUAGAUCUCCUCUUGACUCAUGGUCACCACAAGAUUGGUCCAGAAAUCAGAAGAGAAUUGCUGGCUGGCAGAGGCAGAGGAGUUCCACUGGAACAGGCCGGUCCGGCACUCGACAAUGACGACACUAUGAUGGCCAUGGAUUAG